ACCUGGCAACCCUAACAAAUCACCGCUUCUAACAUGUUUUCUGAUUCCCUAUCCCAUCGCGUCAAAAAUGUAUUAACUUAUAUAAUUUCGAGGCAAUUGCAGUAAUGGAUUCUAUUGACACCUCGAAACGGAAGCCCAGACGCACCUUUGGCACUCCAUCCUACGCGUACCGCAACCGAUUUGCCUAUGCCCUGUUAGCCGCUGGCACAGUGCUCUUCGGAAUUUGGAACUUGACUCCUAUUCAACGCGUUGCCAACGAGAAACUUGCACAGGCUUUGGCUCAAACAGAACAGGAGCGGGACAGAAAAGCACUCUUUGAGUUUGCGGCUCCGCGGACUUCUCAGUUCAUUAAGGACGCGAUCAAGGAGAGCGAGGAGCAGAAUACCAAAUAAUGGAUCGCAAGACGCGGAAGACCAACUUCCAAAAGCUGCAGCAGGCUUCUGGCAAACUUCGGUAAUUCCACUUCAAUAUGAUAUAGUGGUUGAGCAAUAAAACACGUUGUCUUACUUUAAAAA